UCCAAAAGAGAACCCUGAAACUCUUCAAUAGGAAAAAACAGGCUUUUAUAAGAUGGUGUAAUAUUUUUUCCAUUUACUGCUUGUCAGACAAUGUUCCAAAGAAAAACUUGCUGCUAUCCUUUUUAUGUGAAUAUUCUCUGCAGAAGCUUGCUAGUACAUCUGGUGCAUGUCUCCUUUUGAAAGUUACACUGGCUGAAGAACAAUGGCUUCCUUCAGCAACCUGACUAUUGGCAUUAUUGUUGCCAGUUUUACUGUAUUUCAGUUCCUGUUCCAUGUUUUAAGUUCUUGGGUGUCAACACGAAUAACACCUGGUUUUAACAGUCUCAGCCAAAAAAGGAAGAUUGAAUGGAAUUCAAGGACAGUGUCCACAUUCCACGCCUUGGUGGUUGGUGGCUUUUGUCUCUAUAUUUUGGUAUACGAUGACGCCGUUAAUGCUGACCAUCUCUGGGGUGACCCUUCAAUUGUGAAACUGAAUAUUGCUAUUACCACAGGCUACCUCAUUUCUGAUUUGUUGCUUAUUAUUUACUACUGGAAGGCAAUUGGUGACAAGUAUUUCGUAAUACAUCACUUGGCAGCUCUGUAUGCUUACUAUUUUGUACUGAGCAAAGGUCUGCUGGCUUACUUUGGAAACUUCCGUCUGCUUGCAGAGUUUUCCACUCCUUUUGUCAAUCAGCGGUGGUUCUUUGAAAUACUGGGAUAUCCCAAAUCUUCCAAGGCCAACAUCAUCAAUGGUUUGCUGAUGACGGUUGUGUUCUUCGUGGUGAGGAUUGCUGUCAUGCCUGUGUAUUACAGCCACGUCAUUUCCUCCUUUGGAACAGAGGCUUUCCACAGAUUAGGAUUUGCAGCCCAGAGCGCCUGGAUUAUCUCAAGUGUUGUCUUGGAUGUUAUGAAUGUGAUGUGGAUGGUCAAAAUUGCAAAAGGAUGCUACAGAGUCAUCCGUCUUAUCGGACGGGAGGAAGUCAAAACUCACCGAAAUGGCAAAUCUGACUAGAAAUAACACACAUAAAAUGCAAUUCCUGCUGUGAAAGUAAUCUGGGUUCACUGAAACAGUGCACAUUUCUGCCAUGGAAUGAUCCUCUUAAGAAAACAAGGUAUUACCUCUGUACUGACCUUACUCUUUCCCUAACCACACUGCCUGCACACCCAGGGCCAUGCUUUAUGGAUCCUGUCCGGCGAGGAAUAAAAGCAAAAGCUCCCACAGAUGAGUUUCAUGUGUGUGUUCUAAGCAGCUACAAGCUACUGAAGUUAGAAAGGAGCAGACUGGUUACUUGCUUGUUGUCCACCAGUGUGUUCGAAGUGUUUCACUCAGGUUUCUCAGAUCAAUGUGUUUUAUAAAUCCAGCGAAUAUUGAGAUCUCUCUCUCUUUUUUAGGAAAUGGAAACUUCCCAAACUCCUGAUAUGGUGCAAUUUUCCUGGCACGUUUCUAUGUUUUCUUCUGGGAAUAACAAUCAAGAUUUCAGUCUUGACAACUUUUUAAGUUUUGCAGGAAAACCUAAUAAUGUAGCUUUGGUUCUGUGAAGUCUUUUUACUGCUUUUUGUUCUGCCUUAUAUGAAUGCAAACCAGUUUGGGCAAUGUAUGAGAUACAAUGAUCUAAAAUGCUGUAUUAUAAGACUAGAGAAUAGCUGAAGAAGCGUUAAAAUGCUCUGAUUCUGAUGGGAAGGAUUCGCUUUUGCUCUGUUACAUUACAUGCAAUUCUAACUCUUCUAAAUCGCCCAUGGAACUGGUUUUGGCAGUCAAUAUGGUAAAUGAGGUGUGGAAAUAGCAUCAU